GGCAGGAGGAGGAGGAGGAGGAGGAGGAGGGAUAUGAGGAGAAAAUAAAUCUGCAUUCUACCUCUGCCUCUGGUCAGAGACGGUUGAAGCUCCAGAGCGCGAUCAAGGACGAGCAGCACAAUUUGAUGGAAACACCAAAGAAAUAAUAGCAAUAACAAAGGGGAAGAGGCAGAUGCGGGCUGGUUUUUGAAAGUGCAACUACAGGAAAGGGAAGGAAACAUCAAGCGGACUCAACAAAGAGCAUCUGUAAGCAGCAAUGAGGCCACGCUCCCGACUUCUGUCCAAGAGAAGACUCAUGCUGCCCACAAUCAGAGAGGGCAGCGAGGAGACGGUGAGGGACCUGAACGAGGCGAACACACUUCACACUGCUGGUCACAGCCAGGCGGUCUCAUCAGAGGACUACCUCCUCUCCAUAUGCCACCUGGCCCAUCCCACCUUCCCCAGCAGGGACGUUUCCGCCGACGGUUUCCCCGCACGGCAGCAGGACGCCGUUCAGCAGAGGCAGAGGUCGCCGCGGCUCAGUGGGACUGCGUUAACGGCUUCUGGAUUCAACCCCAAAGAGGAGGCGCAGGCCUCCGCCGUGCAGCGAUCGGAAGGGAAAGAACUGAGCGGGGAGCUGACGUUUGGCAACUCCGACCCUCUGGAGUAUCUUUACGGACACCAGAAUAACCUCUCCGCCUUCUCGGGAGGCGUCGGGAAAGCGUUCGUCGAGGGAAGGCUCGUCAGGCGUCACGGAAUUCUGUGGGAGAGCCAGGGCCUCGCCAGGGCUCACAGCAUCCCUCGUGCUUCGAGCCCGGAUUUCCCACGCCACCGCAAGAGCAGCUGCCCCGAAUUACAGUGUGCCGCCGGCUCCUCCGUCUCGAACAUCUCCCCAAAACGCAGCCCGUCGAGAUCGGAGGCCGGGAGAGUUCGCCAGGCGGACAGAGGAGCAGAGGGGGAGAGACUGAAACCAACCAUCAAACAAUCCUUCAUCUCCCAGUGGAUCUCUGAGUGCAGGUCGGCGUGGAAGGAGGCCCGCGUGCGAGCCUGCAUGCUGCCCGCCAUUGCUGAGAUAUAAACUGCAAUCAGGCUGUGACACUCCUUAAAGAAACCGUCGUAAUCCGUUUGAACACACACACAGAGGAAAGUAAAUUCUGUCAUGGUUGUCCACCUGUAAUGUUAUAUAACCGUUGUUACUUGAUGUAUGCUGGUGAUCAUACAAAGUCGUUGAAAUGGGCAAAUCUGUAAUGUCCCUUUUAUAUCUUCCAGUGUUUGGUGACUCUAAUGCGAAUAAAUAAACCCAUGUUUUGAUACUCUCAGCCAAA